GUUCGCUGCAGCUCUAGCGAGAGGUGGCAGCGGAGGGUCGCAGCUCCCAGAGAGUUCCUGUAAGGAGCCAUGGAGCGCUGUGGCACUGCUGGAUUCCGAAAUCCAGAUGCACUGCUGAGCAUAGCGGGGAAGAGCGGAGAGCUCCGACCCGGAGGACGGAAAAUUGGAGCAGGAGGUAGCGGGCUGCUGGACCUCCCACUCGGGGUCAAAAUCCCUGUGCAGCCUGGCACCAAGCCUGUCUUCUGCAGGACAAAGCUGGGGGAAAAGCUUCACCAGCCUUCUCCUCAUUUUGAUCUGGGAGAUCCAUACUGUCGCCAUCUGCGCACAGAAUACAACAGCCUGCAUGACCCACAUCUGCAGGACUACCACAACCGCAAAGACAACCUGCAGAACCUGAAGAAAAGGGGCUUAGUCACCAAGGAUGGCAAAGUGGUCUGCACGCUGAAAGAGUUCAAUGAGUACAGGCAGUACCUGACCAGGCUGAAGCUGGAGCGCGAGCAAACAAAGAGGCGAGAAGAGGAAAAUCUUGGUCAGAUAUCCAGUUUGAAGAAAUAUGCCCACACCCUGACGAUGAACGUGGACAAAUCUUCCCUGUGCUCAGCCACUACUGUGGACUCUUCAGCCACUACUUGGACUUGGAAAGCCAGUCCACUGCAGCCUCACAAACCAGCUGGCCCUCCUCCACGCAGUAUUCAUCAGUCUGGUCAACGUAGAAGGCUGAAAAUGUCUUUGGUUCAGCAAGACCUUCCGGGAGAUUCCAAGAGCAGAGGACGUACAAUGAAGUUGCCUGUCAAGUUGCCUAAACUUGAGACAAGCAGCAAAGGUGCCAAGCUCCCUGGAAAUAUUCAUACUGAAACUGCCUCAGGAAGAAAGCCACAAUUCCCUGGAGGUCAUGAGGUGCCGGAUCCAUCUGCUGGUGCCUUAAGGAGGGCCUCCCUCAGAAUCAGACAAAGAUUGCCAGGAAGUACAGAUAGAGCAGAGUCUUCGGAGAUGUCCCCUUCCAACCCUGACCAUGACAUUGGACUGCUGGCAAGGAAGCUCGUAGCGAGUGUGCUGAAGAAUGUUGGGAAACCCUUGAAAUCUAGCAGAAGGGAAGCCUCUGACAAAGCAUCCUCGCAGGCUUCCCUUCACAAAGCCACCCGAGAAGCUGCUGGAAGUGUCUUGCAAUCCUUUGUAGCUUCUCACUCUGAGCAAGAGUUUGGUGCUGAAUAUUCUGAAACCAUGGAGCUUCCCACCAACCAUCUCCCUCCGCAGCCAUCCCAGGUGCCUCUGUCAUGGCAGAGCUGGAAGGAAGGACGAGGCUCAUCAGAAGAGCAGAGCCCAGCAGCAAGCAAGAGAGAAAAGUUGCCCACGAUCCAACCAAUACGAAGCGCUGCUGAGGUCUCUCGCCUGAGUCGCAGCACUUUAAAGUUGAGCACUGAAAAUGCCAUCUCCAAAGUGAAAGAGGAGGAGCAAGAAGAAUUGCUUCUUAGGCGUGCCAAAACCAUUGUCACUGAUGCAGUUUUAAGAGCAAAGAAAAAUGUAGAGAAUGAGCUGCAAGCAAAGGCCUUAAGUGCAGCGUUGGAUGCCAACACCAUGGCAUCUGGGACGGUGGGCUCUGUAUCAGCGCAGAGCUCGAAGGCUCAGGCUGCACGUGGGCUACAACUGAGCUCCAGGAGGCCUGUUGUCAAAGAGCCCUGCCCAAGAGGUGGCAAGGAGAGCUGUCCCUCUAAGGACCUCCAAAGCUCACCUGACCUCAUGCCCCCCAUCCGGGGAGGCUCUGAGUGAGUUGCUCCUGGCAUGCCUGAAUACAUUCAGAAGUCCCUGGAUUGCACCUCUUUCACACACAUGUGGGAAACCCAAAUGGAGCAGAAGCCAGGGAACACCACCAGCACCUUCCCCUCCACGGGCCUGCAGUCUGCCAGACAGCCCAUCCCUCCAGCACGUCCCAAUCACCCUGCCCAGACAGGAGCUCGGUGUGCAGGGUCGUGUGUCAAGGCCAUGCUGUCCAGGCCCGAGGAGCUCAGGGCACCUCCUCCAAGACCAGAAUGAAGCCUUUCUAUGACUCUACGACCAUACAAUUCACUGUUCAUGUUUGUUAACCGCAUCACACUUUUGUUCUUCAGACUUAAGAGAAACCGUACAACAUUAUUGCUGAUCUUUAGCCUAUCAUCAGCAAAGAAGGACUCUGAAAUACUCUGGAAGUGUCUCCUGAAAGCCAUGAUUAUGCACUGACCUCCAGAUUUACUGCAUGUAACCUAAUUCAUUGCAUUUUCUACAAGAUGGUCAGGAAAAAAAAAAUCGAUAGUUAUUUGCAUUGAGAAAACCCUUCUCACAGCAAAAGCACACAGCAGGUGUUGCUGAGCUGUGUUUAAGCCUGACCCUUGGUUUAUUUGUUGCACAGAUUUUAUGACGUUGCAGCAUCUUGACAUCCUUAGCAGGUAUCCUUUCUGAUGUGGCAAUUUCUGGAGUAUGCUUCAGGGUCAAGUAAGCCUCUGUGAGCAGCCAGUGUUUGAUUGCUUAAUUCUGCAGAGUGUAUGUGUUUAUAGCACAACUCUCCUGUGCUGCUACUCUCCAUCUGAAUUGGCUCUACUCCACUUAUUCAGCCACAUACAGGGAAAAUGUUUUUGUUUUCCCUUCUUAUUCCGCUGAUGAAUCCUGAAGCAGUGAAUUUGGAACUAGACAAUCUAUGAAGCCACUUCCAACCCAAGGCAUUCUAGGAUUCCAUCAAUCAGAAGCUCUGCAGACACUCUGAUUGGGUAUUCUGCAGCAUAUUCAGAUUGCUUGCAAUGUCAUGUUGGUUUAAUAGUGCUGUUAAACCACACAGUGUGCUAUAUGUUCUACUUGUCAGUAUAAUAAAGAAGAAUGCCGUAUUUUUCCCCCUUAACAUCCACCAUUUGAACAUGUUGUUCCAUUAUCCCAUCCUGCUCAUGCCUUGGUCACUGUGUCAUCUACUCUGAAAGACAACCUCAUACGCAUGUCCAAAUGAAGGGGAAAGUUCCUUGUUACCUACUGCAAAAUAAACAAAUAAAUUUAAA